CUAUGAGAAUGUUACACAAAAAGAGAACCAAGGGAAAUAUUUGUGCGAGUAGUAUUAAUCAGGACUAACGUUGUUAAAUCCUGUACAUUUUUCACGGGAUUAAACAACAUAUUGUAUUUUAUUAGAAGAGAAACUUUUCAAAUCGUUUGACAUUUAAAGGAUACAUUGAGUACAACAUGUUUAGGUUUUUGAUAACCUUGGGGAUUGGCGUCUACGCCGGAAUCUACAUCAGUCAAAAUUAUGAAGUCCCUCGAGUAGAUGAUCCACAGAAAAUUAUUGAAAAAGUAAAACAACUUUCAGAACAAUAUAAAAAGAAAGACUAGUGUACUAUUUUAAUACUUACGAAUAUACAGUGGAGAUUUAAUCAAUUAAUUUAAUUAAUCUGUACAUAUUUACUUGUAUAUUAUCUACAUUUAAAUAUACAUAAUGCAGAGAUGUAAUUGAUAUAUAUA